AAGACAUCGCGGGUGUUUCGUCUCCUCGGUGGCGGUGUGAUUGUCGCAUUUACGCGUCUCCGCGAACAAACGGGCUGUUUCCCUUUCCACUGCAAUCGUUCGUCGGCACAUUCGAGUGCCUUCGCUAGACCGGAUUCCACGGAGCAGAUCAGCCGCAGCUAGGUUGAAAAAAAGUGUCAACCCCCCGUGGGGAAUUCUAGAACGUCCGUUUCGACGUGGCUCGUGACUGCAACCCGCAGCCAACGCAAACGCGACCCUCAAACGACGUUCCGUGCGGGGUGUGUAUCCGCAGUGUGGUGGUGCCGUUGUGAUAUAGCAUCGUGGCCGCUGCUAUUUCGUCCUGAAAGAUGGGUUUGAAGGAUUGCACGAUCGAGCUCGACAACCCGUGGAACACGUACUACGCCGGGCAGACGGUAAACGGUAAGGUAACGUUUACCUUUGAUGCCCCGAAGAAAAUAAGAGGCAUUGUGAUAAAGUUUUCCGGCGAAGCGGAAACGAAAUGGAGCCAAACGGAAACGAAAACGGACCAGCAAGGCAAGCAGUACGAAUCGACGACAAACCUGACCGGCCAGGAGGAGUACUUCCAGAUUCAGUACUAUCUGCUCGGUGGUAAGAAUGCGGCCGAGAUGGAACUGCCGCGCGGAACGCACAGCUAUCCGUUCACCUGCGCCCUGCCGCCGACACUGCCUUCCUCGUUCGAAGGCGAAUGGGGCUUUGUGCGGUACACGAUCAAGGUGACGCUCGAUCGACCGUGGAAGUUUGACCAGGACCUGAAGAUGGCGUUCACGGUGAUUUCGCCGGUCGAUCUGAAUCUCAAUCCGCGCGUCAAGGACCCAUUCAAGCUGGAGCUGGAGAAAACGUUCUGCUGCUUCUGUUGCGCUUCCGGGCCGCUAUCCGUGAUCGUCCGCAUACCGGUGACGGGCUUCGUGUCCGGCCAGACGGUACCGGUGACGGUCGAGUGCGACAAUGCGAGCAAUGUGGGCGUGGAAAAAAUCGAGCUGCAUCUGCGCAAGCUGCUCGCCUUCCACGUGCACACGCCGCGGCGCGAGACGAAGCGCAAGAAGGAGGUCAUCACCUCGAUCCAGAUGGGUCCGGUCGAGGCGGGCAACAGUCAAACGUGGCAGCAGAACAUCCAGAUACCGCCGCUUCCACCGUCGAAUCUGGUCAACUGUGGGAUCAUCGACGUCGACUACGACAUUAAGGUAGUGGCCCAUGCAUCCGGGAUGCACGCCAAUCUGGACGGCAACAUACCGAUCGUGCUCGGUACGGUGCCGCUGGAAUCGUUUCAGCCACCACCGGCGUACACGGACAAUCCACCGGUCGCCGUGCACACGGCCGGUGCCGAAACCGAUCCUUCCAUGUUGCCAACGCAACCAGUUAGUCCGGCAAGCCCACCGAACAACGGUGCCGGUGGGGCGAUCGGUUGGAGCGUUGGCGGUGGCAACAUGUUCCCGAAUAUACCUCCACCAACAUUUGCUGAAUCCGCUUAUAAAGCGUCCACGAUCUCGGAUAAAAAUGAUUCGGAGCAUACGCGCAUGAUCGGUGGGGUGGAGUAUGCCCCCCGGUAUCCAACCUAUGCCUUUACGCCCAGUGCACCACCGGUAAACUAUUGAGCAGUUCGCUGCCAUACCCAGCAGCCCACGGUGGCAGCAACUCCCGGUGUACCGGCCUCGAUCGGCAGUGCUUCUAUGAUCACCCUAACCUACUUCAUUAGGAAGUAUAUUUCUUUUUCGUGCGACAAAACACGAAGGCUACUGUUUACAUUUAUUACUCACAAAUUGAACACAAAACAGCAGGCCAUUUCAUCGGCCGAUGUGCCGCCGUCUCGUGGGUCACUUAAUCCGCAGCAGCUAUUGAGAUACAAUAACGGCCUUGCUUUAUGAUUGAAAAGCGUUUACUUUGUUUGGCAGCAUAAGCUAAAAAUUACUAGUGUACGAGCAAGGCAGAACAAACGGAGGGGAAGCCUUAUCUAUACGCGUUUAUGCGCGCAGGCGAUUAAUUUUUUCCUUAUCAGGUGCUAUAUGCUAUUUCGUUUAUGAAUCCUUUUCCAUCAUUAGACAUCACACGUCAACGGUGUAAUGAGUGUUAUUAUUACUCGCAACUUCUCGAAUAAUAAAUUUAAAAAAUAUAUAGAAAGAAGAAAUGGAAAGACGUUGGCUAAGGCCGUGACUAGGGGAUACGUUAAACCACAGAUGAGCAGAGGUCCAGGAUGCCAAACCAACCACCACAAAACCAUAGACCCAGAUAAUUGGAGAAGCGUAGAAGGCUACUACUCCAAACAAACGCACUCGAACGAAUGUAUUUUAGGGAUUGACAAUGACUGCACCGUGAACUGCAAACAGUUCACUGACACAGUGCCUAGAAGUUUUUAAACUACGUAGAACGAACCACGUCGAUCCAGCAAGAAAUCAAUCCAGCCAAAAAUGGCGGCACAAAAGGUUUUGAAAAAACGAACCAGCUCACCAUUAAAAAAAAAACUUUAAGAACCCAGUGACUACAAUCAUAUUCUACCAUCCGUUUGUUUUAAUUU